GCCGCCGCCGUCGGGCGCGCAGCUCUGCAGCGGGGCGAUCGCCUGGGCGCCCGCAGCCCUAGCGAGGAGCCCGGCCGCCCCGCAUUGUCCCCGGAGCCGGUCGCCGAGAUCCGGGGCGAGCGUCUCGGGUCGGUGGCUGUGCUCCUGAGCUCAGCAGUCUCGGAGGCCUGACUGCCGAGUGCUGAGAGCUCCCGGGCCACUCUGAAGGUCUUCCUGGGCGACCCAGCCUGCACCUGCGGGCCUGGCCCACCGCCAGAGACAAGGGAGCCAGGGAGACGACGGGGAGGGAAGCACAGAGAAGGGCCUUCACUGCAGCAGAGACGUAGGACAGAACCGGAGAGACUGACAAGCGGGGCAGAGGAGUUCAUGUGUAAUCAGGUUUGUGGCUUCAGACUGCAGAGAGACCUCCUCCCAUCUGCUCGAAUCCUGUCCCUACCUUUGUCUGAAGCAAAGCAAACAAACAAAAAGUUUCUGGCCAAGCGUACGUUGGCGAAGAGACAGCUUGGUGACAAGAGCCCUGACCCACGACGCGGCGAGCGGAUCUCAACUGACCCCGGCCCCGUGAGUAAGAGGUUUAAGAGCCAAGGACGAUGCCAGGUCUGGGGCGCAUUCUUCCCGCGUCAGAGGAGAUCCCGAUGUCCGCCUCCAGGCCCAGGUGCUGAUUGACGUCCAGCGCCCCCUUCACCCGCUGCCAUUUCCACUCUCGGGACCUAAAUGCCCCAGGGCUCUCAGGACCAGCUGGGCUGGGGACCACUGUUGCCUUUGCAGACCCUCACACCAUGGGAAACGCCGAAAGCCAGCAUGUAGAGCACGAGUUUUACGGCGAGAAGCACGCCAGCCUGGGGCGCAAGCACACCUCCCGCUCCCUGCGGCUGUCGCACAAGGCGCGGCGCAGCCGGCACGCGAGCUCGGGGAAGGCCAUCCACCGGCACGCUGAGGUCAGCACGCGCUCCAGCAGCACGCCCAGCAUCCCCCAGUCGCUGGCCGAGAAUGGCCUGGAGCCCUUCUCCCCGGAGGGGCCCCUGGAGGACUUCGAGGGCCCCAUCUGGGUGGACCGGGUGGGGCUGGGCCUGAGGCCCGUGUCCUACACGGACUCCUCCAUCGCCCCCCGCGUGGACGGCAGCCUGGUGCUCACGGCCGCGUCUGUGCAGAGCAUGCCCGAGCCCGCGCAGAGCCGGGGGCUGUACGGCAACGGCGGCGGCGGCGGGGGUGGGCGCUGCCUGGCAGCCGGAGGCAGGCAGCCCCGGUCCUAUGCCACCUCCUCCUCCUCCGGCGGGCCCGCCGCCUUCCUGGAGACGGCCAGCUUCAAGAAGAAGCGCUCCAAGUCCGCGGACAUCUGGCGGGAGGACAGCCUGGAGUGCUCCCUCUCCGAUCUGAGCCAGGAGCACUUCACCAGCAACGAGGAGAUCCUGGGCUCGGCCGAGGAGAAGGACGGCGAGGAGCCGGGGGGCAUGGGCACCCAGGCCAGCCCGCGCCCGCGGGGCCCCUGCCAGCGCGCCAACUCCCUGGGCAACCUGUACCCCCCGCAGAAGACGGCUGCGGCGGCGGCGGCAGCAGCGGGCUCAGCCAACGGGGGUCCCGGCGGCAAAUUUGCGGGCUAUGGCCGGAACCUGGUGUCGGAUAUUCCUGAUCUGGCGAGCCACAAGAUGCCAGCCGCCGCCCCCGACGAGGGGCUCCCCUACAGCAAUUACAACACGCUGCCCUGCCGGAAAUCUCACUGCCUCUCCGAGGGGGCCAGCAACCCGCAGAUCAGCCACAGCAGCAGCAUGCAGGGCAGGAGAGCCAAGACCACGCAGGAUGUCAACGCGGGCGAGGGCAGCGAGUUCGCCGACAGCGGCAUCGAGGGCGCCGCCACCGACGCGGACCUGCUGUCCCGGCGCUCCAACGCCACGACCGCCAGCUACUCGCCGCCCGCCGGCCGCGCCUUCGUGGGCAGCGACAGCGGCAGCAGCUCGGCCGGCGGCGACGCGGCGCGCCAGGGCGUGUACGAGAACUUUCGGCGCGAGCUGGAGCUGAGCACGACGCACAGCGAGAGCCCCGAGGACGCGGGCUCGGCGCACAGCGACGAGCAGAGCAGCGGCACGCUCAGCUCGCCCGGCCAGUCCGACCUGCUGCUCUCGGCCGCGCAGGGCACCGUGCGCAAGGCGGGCGCGCUCGCCGUCAAGAACUUCCUCGUGCACAAGAAGAGCAAGAAGGUGGAGUCGGCCGCGCGCCGCAAGUGGAAGCACUACUGGGUGUCCCUGAAAGGAUGCACGCUCUUCUUCUACGAGGGCGACGGCCGGUCUGGAAUUGACCACAACAGCAUCCCCAAGCACGCUGUCUGGGUGGAGAACAGCAUCGUGCAGGCCGUGCCCGAGCACCCCAAGAAGGACUUCGUCUUCUGCCUCAGCAACUCCCUGGGCGACGCCUUCCUCUUCCAGACGACCAGUCAGACUGAGCUGGAAAACUGGAUCACCGCCGUACACUCAGCCUGCGCCGCCGCCGUGGCGAGACACCACCACAAGGAAGACACGCUCCGCCUCCUGCGGUCGGAGAUCAAGAAACUGGAGCAGAAGAUCGACAUGGAUGAGAAGAUGAAGAAGAUGGGCGAGAUGCAGCUGUCCGCCGUCACCGACUCCAAGAAGAAGAAGACGAUAUUAGACCAGGUCUUCGUCUGGGAGCAGAACCUCGAACAGUUCCAAAUGGACCUCUUCCGUUACCGCUGCUAUUUAGCUAGCCUCCAGGGUGGGGAGCUGCCGAACCCCAAAAGGCUACUUGCCUUUGCCAGCCGGCCAACGAAGGUGGCCAUGGGCCGCCUGGGCAUCUUCUCUGUCUCGUCUUUCCAUGCCCUGGUGGCAGCACGUACGGGCGAGACCGGAGUGAGACGGCGAACUCAGGCAAUGUCCCGGUCCGCCAGCAAGCGGAGGAGCCGGUUUUCCUCCCUCUGGGGGCUGGACACCACCUCCAAGAAGAAGCAGGGCCGCCCCAGCAUCAACCAGGUGUUCGGGGAGGGCACGGACGCUGUCAAGAAAUCUUUAGAGGGGAUAUUCGAUGACACCGUUCCAGAUGGCAAGAGGGACAAAGACCUGGUCUUACCCAGCGUCCACCAGCACAAUCCCGACUGUGACAUUUGGGUCCAUGAGUAUUUCACACCUUCCUGGUUCUGCCUGCCGAACAACCAGCCCGUCCUGACGGUGGUCCGGCCGGGGGACACGGCCCGUGACACCCUGGAGAUGAUCUGCAAGAUGCAUCACCUGGACCACUCCGCUCACUACCUGCGCCUGAAAUUCCUGAUCGACAGCAAAAUGCAGCACUACGUCCCCAAGCCCGAGGAGGACAUCUACGAGCUGCUGUACAAAGAAAUUGAAAUUUGUCCAAAAGUCACUCAGAACAUCCAGAUUGAGAAGUCAGACACAGCCGGUGAUAAUUAUGGGUUCUCGCUCUCUUCUGUGGAGGAAGAUGGGGUGCGCAGACUGUACGUGAACAGCGUCAAGGAAACGGGCUUAGCGUCCAAGAAAGGCCUGAAGGCGGGCGAUGAGAUUCUCGAGAUCAAUACCCGGCCGGCCGGCAGCCUCAACUCCUCCGCGCUCAAGGACUGCCUCUCGCAGCCGGCGCUCGGCCUCCUGGUGAGGACCUACCCCCCGCCCGAGGGGGCGGCCGCGCUCCUGGACAGCCCGCCCCACCGCGUGGACGGCGCCGCGGACCCCGGCGACAGCCCCCUGGCCCUGCUGGCCAGCAACCCAGGGCACAGCGUGGGCAGCAGCGAGCCGAGCAGCAGCGCCGAGACCCCCCCGGAGGAGAGCGAAGGGCCGGACCUGGAAUCCUCAGAUGAGACGGAUCACAGCAGCAAGAGCACGGAACAGGUGUCGGCCUUCUGCCGGAGCCUGCAUGAGAUGAGCUCCUCGGACACCAGCCCGUCCCCGCAGGACCCCAGCGGCCCGCAGCUGGCCACCAUGAGGCAGCUCACGGACGCUGACAAGCUACGCAAGGUCAUCUGUGAGCUGCUGGAGACGGAGCGGACCUACGUGAAGGACUUGAACUGUCUCAUGGAGAGAUACCUGAAACCUCUUCAGAAGGAGACUUUUCUCACCCAAGAUGAGCUGGACGUGCUCUUCGGAAACCUCACCGAGAUGGUCGAGUUCCAAGUCGAAUUCCUGAAAACGCUCGAAGACGGCGUGAGACUGGUCCCUGACUUGGAGAAGCUUGAGAAAGUCGACCAGUUCAAGAAAGUGCUGUUCUCCCUGGGAGGCUCCUUCCUCUACUACGCCGACCGCUUCAAGCUCUACAGUGCCUUCUGCGCCAGCCACACAAAGGUCCCCAAAGUUCUGGUGAAAGCCAAGACAGACCCGGCUUUCAAGGCCUUCCUGGACGCCCAGAACCCAAGGCAGCAGCACUCGGCCACGCUGGAGUCUUACCUCAUCAAGCCCAUCCAGAGAAUCCUCAAGUACCCGCUGCUGCUGAAGGAGCUGUUUGCUCUGACCGACGCCGAGAGCGAGGAGCACUACCACCUGGACGUGGCCAUCAAGACCAUGAACAAGGUCGCAAGUCACAUCAACGAAAUGCAGAAGAUUCACGAAGAGUUUGGAGCCGUGUUUGACCAGCUGAUUGCCGAGCAGACGGGGGAGAAAAAGGAGGUCGCGGAUCUGAGCAUGGGGGACCUGCUGCUACACACCACGGUGGUCUGGCCCAACCCCCCGGCUUCCCUGGGGAAGUGGAAAAAGGAGCCAGAGUUGGCCGCCUUCGUCUUCAAAACUGCCGUGGUCCUGGUGUACAAAGAUGGUUCCAAACAGAAGAAGAAACUCGUAGGAUCCCACCGACUCUCCAUCUAUGAGGACUGGGAUCCCUUCCGGUUCCGGCACAUGAUCCCCACCGAAGCUCUGCAGGUUCGAGCUUUGGCGAGUGCAGACGCAGAAGCCAACACCGUGUGUGAAAUUGUCCAUGUCAAAUCGGAGUCUGAAGGGAGGCCGGAGAGAGUCUUUCACCUGUGUUGCAGCUCUCCGGAGAGCCGGAAGGAAUUCCUGAAGGCCGUGCAUUCCAUCCUGCGUGACAAGCACAGAAGACAGCUCCUCAAAACGGAAAGCCUUCCCUCCUCCCAGCAAUAUGUCCCCUUUGGAGGAAAGAGAUUGUGUGCGUUGAAAGGGGCCAGGCCGGCCAUGAGCAGGGCAGUGUCCGCCCCCAGCAAGUCCCUCGGGAGAAGGCGGCGGCGACUGGCCCGUAACAGGUUUACCAUUGACUCCGAUGCCAUCUCGGCCAGCAGCCCCGAGAAGGAGCCCCAGCAGCCCCCCGGCAGCGGUGGCGGCGGCGGCGGCGGCGGGGACACUGACCGCUGGGUGGAGGAGCAGUUUGACCUCGCUCAGUACGAGGAGCAGGAGGACAUCAAGGAGACGGACAUCCUGAGCGACGACGACGACUUCUGCGAGGCGGUGCGCGGCGAGGACCGGGAGCUGCAGGAGCGGCUGCAGGCGGCGUCCCUCGGUCAGCGGGAGCGCGGCCGCCGCGCCCUGGACAGCCACGCGUCGCGCAUGACGCAGCUCAAGAAGCAGGCGGCGCUGUCGGGCCUCAAUGGGGGCCCCGAGUCGCCGGGCGAGGAGGUCAUCUGGGUCCGGCGCGAGGACUUUGCCCCGUCCCGGAAACUCAACACAGAGAUCUGACGGUGUCCCCCCGGCCCCCCACUAACGCGCGUGUGUGGGCGUGUGUGCGCGCGUGUGGGCGUGUGUGUGUGCAUGUAUGCACGUGUGUCCGUUUGUGUGCAUAUGUGCGCGCGUGCGUGUGCAUGUAUGCACAUGUGUCCGUUUGUGUUCAUAUGUGCGCGUGUGUGUUCGCGUCUCGAGAAUUUUCCUUCCUGCCCAUCCCCGCCCUGCCCUUGACUCCUCCCUCCCCCUUGUGCACCCCUGGAAGAGGAGGGGCACCUUCCCUUAGGUCAUGCACUCUUGCACAUGCACACACACACACACACAAGUGCACGCACGCACGCACGCACGCACGCCUGGCAGCAGACUUUGUUCGGAAGCCACAUGGUCCCAAGUCCACUGCGUCACCGGGAACGGCACCGGAACGCAUCACUAGGAGCAUCCCCAGGCGGCAGCUACAGGACUAAGGGCUCCGGGUGCCGUGGCCACCAAGCAGGUUCCAAGGAAUCGGAAAAACACAUGCCCCGCUGCAACGUGUCCUCCGACCCUGGAAAGCCCAUGGACCCACCCCACCCCGCCAGGAUGCGGGGACCCGACCACAGAGGAGCUGGACCCGGGGACACAGAACAAGUCGUCCCUGACAUCCGUGUCUGAAGUCCAGCCGGGAGCUGGCCGCGGGUGGUUGGUUCACCUUCAAGGCCGGAGCAGAGCAACUGGACAGCUGAGAGUGUUCGAACCCCCUUCCGCCCCCGCCCUUAAGCGUCUGAGCAUUUCUGUGUAUUUCAAGGGUGCGUGAGGAGAGGGUGGUGGUUUGCGAUUUAUGUGUCCAUGAUUCCCUCACACCCCACCCCAAUUUUCUUUUCUUUUCUUCUUCUUUUUUUGUUUGUUUCUCUCUUCUGUUUCGGUCAGUGGCUGGUCUUACUUGAUGUCAGUGUUCGAAAGUUCUAGUUUUGCAUAGAAUUAUAAAGAUGCCAAACUCUUUGAAAAAGAGAUCCAAAUUUAUCACUUGAAAAAAAAACACUAUUUUUUCUAUUUUAUCUGAGAUGGGGGGGAGACAGAUGAGACAGAUGAGAAUUUUACAGUGUUAGUGUAACUCUGAGUUUUAAAAAGUGAGGAUUUUACCUUUAACAGAGAGAGUGAGUCACGGUGAUUUUAUAUUUAUAUAUGAAAGGCCAAUAUGAUGCUCAUGCUUUGGAGACACUUCCCACCCCUCCCUCCCACCCCGCCCCCAGAAAGUAGAUUCGGUUUUUCGUUGUUUGUUGAUGUUGUUUUGGGGUUUCUGGGGAGGGGGGGUAGGGAGUUGUUUUAUUUUUAUUAUUUUUGUUUGUUAAUGUUUGAAUCUCUAUUUGAGAGGGGAACUUGGUUGGAUUGAACAUGACACUCAAACGGGCAAGUGUGUGUGUCUGUUGCACGUGGUGGGAGAGGGGAGACGCCUCUUGGGGUUGCCAUGGUGAUCGUUGGCUGUUUACCCCAUCCAAGUUGCAUCCUUCCUCCAUAGAUUACCUAGCCCUUCCCUGACAGUCCGUAGCCAGACCUCUUCACAAAACGACCUGUUCAACAACACAUCUUACAUCGAACACUUCUUCACGCCAACAAAACAGGGUAAACUUGCUUUAAAAAAAAAAAAAGGUCAUAAUGUUCUAAACAGAUUUCCAAAUAGGGAGAACGUAAACAAAUUAAAAAGCACUUUCAAAAUGAUUUUUUUUUUAAAGAAAAAGGUUUAUAGCUUUUUUUUCCUUUCCCAUUUCACAAUGUCCACUUCCUAAGAAGGGUUUAAAUAAUAUGAAAACUUUCUUUUUUUUGGGGGUGGGUGGGCUGGGGAAGAAGUUAUCUAUUUGGUGUUUGACACAUCAGUAGGUACUUUAAAGGACCUGAAUUUUAUAGUAGCUUUAGGAAUUAUAUUUUAUAAAAAUCGGUUAUGACUUUAUAUUUCCAGACAAUAGAGACGUCAGAACACCAUGCUCUCGGCCUCUGCUUGCCUGAAAAUGCUUUCCACCCCGCACCCUUCCUCUGUAUGGGUUUCCAGGGCUCUGAGCUUGAUCUUUGGAAAGUUUUAUUCUAUUAAAUUUUUGCUAAAUCUUCUGAUUUUUUCUUAAAAAAAUAAUAAUAAUAAUAAUAAAGCUUUAGAAUGGUUUCUAUAUACCCUUUGUACCACACUGCAUUGUCCCUCACCAUCUCCAGUUCGAUUGUACCCGGAUGGUCCAACGGAAGCUUCUCCGAGUCACGUGUUCAAGCCCCAGGGCGACAGUCCGUCAGGGAAGGCCCGCCAGGCCGCUGCUGGGAGAGGGCGCCAUUGUCUCUUGUACAUAAGGUCAUGACGUGUCUAUGUCAAAAGUUCUUAUAUAUUUCUUUUAUAAGCUGAAAGAAGGUCUAUUUUUAUGUUUUUAGGUCUAUGAAUGGAACGUUGUAAAUGCCUGUCAAACAAUAAAAAUAUUGAAAAGUG